CAAGUCAUGAUGGCGGAACUGUAGUUCUGUGGGAGCAGUAGGACAGCGCCGCCCGUUCGCCUUUACCAACUGUAUAUACUCAUUUAUUUAUUCACCCAACAUUUACGAUUCCUCACAAUGACCCGCUGGGUUCCUACUAAAAAGGAGAAGUAUGGAGUCGCCAUCUACAAUUAUGAUCCCAGAGGUGAGCCGGAGUUGUGUCUACAGGUGGGGGACACGGUGCACAUACUGGAGAAAUUGGAAGGUUGGUAUCGGGGCUACACACUACGCAACAAGUCACAGAAGGGCAUUUUCCCAGCUUCCUACAUCCACUUAAAGGAGGCUACAGUUGAGGGAUCAGGCCAACAGGAAAUAAUUAUUCCAGCAGAUUUACCCCUGGUGCAGGAGCUCGGGGCCACUCUGAGGGAAUGGGCCCAGAUAUGGCACAAGCUCUAUGUGACGAACAAGUUACCCUUGUUCAGGAGUGUUCAGCAGAUGGCCUACAGCCUCAUUGAAUUUCGAUCGCAGAUAGUGUCAGGAACGCUGCCCAAAGAUGACCUUGUCGAGCUGAGAAAGAAAGUCACAGCCAAGAUUGAUUAUGGAAACCGAAUUCUUGGAUUGGACCUUGUGGUUCGAGAUGAAGCAGGAAACACAUUGGAUCCGGACCAGACCAGUACCAUCAACCUGUUCCGGGCCCAUGAGACUGCAUCCCGCAGUGUUGAUGACAGGAUACAGGAAGAGAAGACGAGGCUGCAAAACCUGGAAAUGAGGCGUCAGACCUUGUUCAGUACAGUGCACACCUACAGUCUGCUCAUGAACCUGAAGAACUUUGUGUGUAACAUUGGAGAGGAUGCGGAGCUGCUCAUGUCUCUUUACGACCCUGACCAAUCAGAAUUCAUCAGUGAGAACUUCCUGGUGUGCUGGGACAGUAUGGGCAUGCCUAAAGAAAUUGAAAAACUUAACAACCUGCCAGCAUUGUUCACGGACCUGAGCAGCAGUGAUUUGAUGAGACAGCGUCUCUUCCUGGUGUGUCAGAUCAUCCGAGUUGGCAGCAUGGAGCUCAAAGAAGGCAAAAAACACACUGGCGGACUAAGGAGACCGUUUGGUGUGGCUGUGAUGGACAUAAGUGAUGUUGCCCAUGGCAAAACAGACGAUGAGGACAAACAGCAUUUCAUCCCUUUUCAGCAGAUUGCUAUGGAAACCUACAUCCGUCAGAGGCAGCUCAUCAUGUCUCCGCUUAUCCCGUCUCGAGUCAUAGGAGAGAACGAGCCGCUGACUGCCGUUUUCAACAAAGUCAUCGCCACGCGGGAGGUCAAUCACAAAGGCCAGGGGCUGUUUGUGACCCUGAAGCUUCUCCCUGGAGAUCUUGCUCAGGUCAGAAAGGACUACCCCCACUUUGUGGACCGCAGCACGGCCAUUGUGAGAAAAAUGGGCUUUCCAGAAAUCAUCCUUCCAGGAAACGUGAGGAAUGAUAUUUAUGUAACCUUGCUGCAGGGUGAGUUUGACCGCGGUAAAAAGAAGACACCAAAAAAUGUAGAGGUCAUACUGAGCGUCCACAAUGAUGAAGGCUGUGCUGUGGAGAAGGCCAUAUUUCCUGGGGCUGGUUAUGAUGGCAUCACAGAGUACAAGUCUGUCAUUUACUACCAAGUGAAGCAGCCUUGUUGGAAUGAAACAGUGAAGGUGACAAUUCCCAUUGAAGACGUGUGCCGCUGUCACCUGAGGGUGAUGUUUCGACACAGAUCCUCCCAGGAUUCUCGAGACAAAUCAGAGAAGCCCUUCGGCAUGGCCUUCGUCAGACUUAUGAGAGGAGACGGAACAACACUAAGAGAUGACAAGCACGACCUUAUCGUCUAUAAGGUUGAUGUGAAGAAGGCAGAUGAUGCAAAGGUUUAUCUCACCUUGCCUGGUACCUAUGCUGAAGUAGAGGAAAAGGAGAGACACGCAGGGAAGCCGUUCCACCAUUCCGGAGCAAUUCCUGUGACUAAAGACAGUUUUCAGAUGGCAACACUCACGUGUUCGACGAAACUCACUCAGAACGUGGAUCUGCUCGGCCUGUUAAACUGGAGAUCAAACCCCAAUGGUCUGGACCAGAUUCUGCAGCGACUGAUGGAGGUUGAGGGAGGAGAGAUUGUAAAAUUUCUGCAAGACACUCUGGAUGCUCUCUUCAACAUCAUGAUGGAGACUUCAGAAAAAGACACCUAUGAUACCCUGGUGUUCAAUGCCUUGGUGUUUAUAAUCACACUUAUUGGUGACAUCAAAUUCCAGCACUUUAACCCAGUCCUGGAAACCUACAUCAGCAAGCACUUCAGUGCCACACUGGCGUACAUGAAACUUACCAAAGUGCUCAACUACUACGUGGGCCACGCUGAGGACCCUAACCUGACUCAGCGGCUCUAUGCAGCACUUAAAGCUCUCAAGUACCUGUUCAGGUUUAUCGUGCAGUCCCGGGUCCUCUAUCUAAGAUUCUAUGGGAACAGUGAAGAUGGAGACGCAUUCUUCAACUCCAUUCGCAUGCUUUUCCUCUCGUUCAACCAUCUCAUGGAUAGACCUCUUGAUGAGGGUGUGAAGAUAAAGGGGGGAAUACUGAAAUACCUCCCCAGCAUCACUAACGACAUCCAGAGUGUCUUUGAUCCCGUGGAGCUCAGUGUUCUUUUAGCCAAGUUCAUUGAGAGCAUUCCUGAUUCUCAGUUUGUGCGACAGAAGCUGGGCUGCAUGUGUAAAAUUGUGGAGAGUGACCUUUUCAGGCAACCAGAUUGUCGAGAUGUGCUUUUGCCUCUUGUCACUGACCAGCUGAGUGGGCAGCUGGAUGACUACUCAUGCCGACCUGACUACGAGGCCUGUGUCCAGCUGCUCAGCACUGUUUUAGACAAACUCGACCGCAAUGACGUGGGUCCCACCAGGGGGCACGUUCAGCUGUUAAUGGAAAGGCUUCUCCGGCGGAUUAAUCGCACUGUCAUCAACAUGGACAGAUCGUCUCCAUUCAUCGUAAGUGACCUACUUCUUUAGACCAGAAAAUGACACCCUCACCGGAAAUUUUAUCUUAGUCCUUAAAGUGCAGCUGUCGUGACUU